GGAGCUGUAGUGCGGAGAUACGCUCUUACGAGUUACGAUCACUCGCGUGAAAUUGUGUUACUAAGUAAUCCUAAUAUUGUGUUUUCUUCCUUCUUCCAUUGGGAAGUUCAACAAUUGUUCAACUUACUUGGAAGAUCUCGGUGUGAGAUCAACCAUGUACAAGAAGCCUUAAAACGAGGAGGAGGAAGAUGGUAUCUACGAUCUGCGAUGAGGCACGAUGUGUAACCAAUGAAUUAGCGUCCUGAUAACAAUCACAUGGGCGUUAUUAAAACUGAUAAGAAUAAAUUAUAGAUCAGUAAAAGGUAAAUCGAGAGAUAGUACACGUCAGACAUGGAGAGUUUUGAUGUUUCUUUUCCAUGCUAAUUUCCAUUUACGUCCGCACGGUAACGUCGUUCUCUACUCGGUCCCAGAGCAAAGAGGUAAGCAUGCCGCUGUUCAAAACGCAUCCCGCCCCCAAGUCCCCUACGUCGGAGAAGGUUCUAAAUGGUAGGUCUCAUUGCCAUAAUCAUCAUAAUCACCGAAACGGCAACGAGAAUGAUCAAAAAGAAUCUGAAGGGACAUACAACCAGCAACAGAAUGGUAAUCUAGAGCAACGACGAAGACUGCAUAGAUCUCCUCCGGUCUUUCAUUGUCAACUGGCUCAUGGAAGUCCUACAGGAUUGAUAUCGGGAUUCAACAAUGUGCGAGAACUUUAUCAGAAAAUAGCUGAUUGCUAUGAUAUAUCAAUGGAAGAAAUUCUUUUCUGCACUCUGAAUACUCAUAAAAUUGAUAUGAAUGAGUUAUUAGGAAGUCAGAUAGGAGUAGGCGAUUUCAUAUUUGCACACAAAAAAGGAAGACCUAAAGAGAUAGAACUGGUGAAAACGAACGAGUCCCUCGGAUUAACUAUAACUGACAAUGGUGCUGGCUGCGCCUUCAUAAAACGAAUCAAAGAAGGCUCGACAAUCGACAAGAUAAAAGUAAUCGAGGUUGGAGAUCAUUUGGAGAAGAUCAACUCAACUAGUCUAAUUGGCAAGCGUCAUUUUGAAGUAGCAAAAAUGUUAAAAGAGAUUCCUAUGGGUGAAACAUUUACCUUGAGACUUGUAGAACCAUUGAAAAAUGGUUUUGCUAACAUUGGUCCACGAGGAGAUAUGAGAAAAGGGAAGAAAUCCGGUUAUGGAACUGGAAAGGAAACGCUCAGGUUCAAAGCUGAUGGAAGUGCCCAGAUUAUACAAGAAGUGGAUAAUACCGCAACCAUAGGUAUAGAAAAGAUCAAUGUGAUUCUGGAGAGUUUCAUGGGCAUCUACGACACAGAAUUAGCUACGCAAAUUUGGGAGCUUGCAGAGGACAAGCGUAACAGCAGUGAAUUUGCAGAAGCAAUUGACAAUUCGGAUUUAGAGGCUUUUGGAUUCACAGAUGACUUCGUUAUUGAGUUAUGGGGUGCCGUGACUGAUGCCAGGGCUGGAAGACAUCGAUAAUGCCGCCGAUUAUAUGGCAACUAAUAGGACCAAAUGAAGAAAGGACCAAGAAGAACCAUUAUGAGCUUAAAAUUUGUGCUAUAGAAAUGUGGUAUUCAAUAAUUCAACUGUAAAUUAUUUGUAGGAAUUAGUAUUUUGAAUUUGUACAAUUUAUAUUAUAAAUUUAUACAUAUCUAAAAU